CGAACACCUCUAAAUUAAAAAUACAAAAAAUGACAGUGGAACAAAUAGUUUAAUUUGUGAUGAAAUUGUUUUACCGUGUGAAAAAUAGUUGAAACGGGUGAAAACAGCUUUGAUAAUCAUGGAAGCCGUUCCAAAAUUACCUAUGAUAAGUUUUGAGCUGAAGGUGAGCCACGAGAAUACGCAUUUUGGACCAAAAUUAAAACAGUACAUCGCCGAGGCUUAUAGGGAGGAUCCGGACAGCUAUAGCAAUGAGAUCCAUCAGUUGGAAGGUUUGCGGUCAGUGGCCGUACGACCUACAAUUGAUUCUGCGGGUUUAAGUGCCCUCAUCAGGUACUUUUGCCAGCUGCGAUCGCUUCAAAGCCGUUUCCCUAUGGCUAAAGGUCAACCUGCUGCGUGUUCCUUCAGCUGGAAAGACUUGUAUGCAAAUAUGAACAGAACACUAGCAGACAUAAGGUUUGAAAUGGCUAGCAUUCUCUACAAUGUAGGGGCACUGUUGACUCAACUAGGCGCUUCAGAACCACGAAACACAGCUGACAGCCUCAAGGCAGCUUGCACUAACUUCCAACAUGCUGCGUGGGUGUUCCAGUACCUAAGGGAACAGUUACCGCAGCCAUCCGGUGUAGAUGUGUGCUCAGAAAUUAUGAGGAUGAUGCAAGAGAUUUGCUUUGCUCAAGCACAGGAGUGUAUUCUUGAUAAAAGUAUUCAGGACACAAGGAAACCUAGUGUUGUUGGUGCUGUAGCAACACAAGUGAUGUACUUCUACAAAAAUUCCCUGGCAUUCUUGGGUCCAUCUUCAGGCAUUGAUGUUGUCCAUGAGAUUAUUGGCACGAAGUUGUAUAACUACUGGCAUAGAUACCUCUCGUUCAAGUACUCUUAUAUUGGCUGCGUUGUUUGCUUGUACCAAGGAAUGAAUGCCGAAGAACAACAGAAAAUGGGUGAACGAGUAGCCUUCUACCAACAAGCUGUCGAAAAAUUAGGCGAAGCAAGGAAACUAGCCAAGUACAUCGAACCGACACAGGUGACGCAAGAAGCUCUGACAUUCACCAAUGAUGUGGUUGAAGGGAAGAGAAAAGCUGCUAAGAAUGAAAAUGAGUUCAUUUAUCAUGAAGAGGUUCCGGAGAAGGAUCUGCUAUCUGAUAUGAAGCCAGUGUGCCUUGUAAAGGCUCUGCCUAUCAACUUUAACGAUCCUGAGGUAUCAGGUACCGAUGUGUUUUCCCGUCUCGUCCCCAUGAUGGCCCACGAGGCGUCCUCAGUGUACUCCGAGGAGAAGGCACAGAUGCUGCGCGGUAUCGUCAGUAUGGUGGAAGCCAAGAACACUGAGCUUACCGAGUUCAUGUCCUCGUUGCAACUAGACCAGUUGGAUGUCAUCGAUUCUGUUCAGAAAGUGCCACAAGAGAUCGUGGAUCGCUGCGCCGCUAUGAACGCCAAGUCUGAGAUCAUUCAGACGUUGGUGGAUUCAAUGAACAACCUCGCUGAGAUCAUCAGCGAUGUCGAGGAAGCCUUGAGUGAAAUCAAGGAAAUUAUACAGGAGGAGGUGACGAAAGAAAAGGAAUUCCAGAAAGUGAUGGGUCCUCGUCCCCCUUCCAUAAUCCAAACAGAAUUGUCCAGAGAGUACAACAAGUACCAGGAAGCUCACUCUCGCACUAACGAGAGUAACCAGGUGCUGCACAAAGCUAUGACCCUGCAUAUUGCCAACCUGCGACUGUUAGCGCAGCCACUGGACCAACUCGCUGCCAAGAUACCUAGCAUUGAUAAUAUAGUGGGUCUUGACCGCGACACGAUGGCGGAGAUGCGCCGCGUGGUCGGCAAAGUGCGUGAGAUGCAAACACAGCGAGACUCCCUCGUGCAGCAACUCAGGGAGGCCGUCACCAACGACGACAUCACCUCGCAACUACUCGCCAGGAACAACGAGCCCAAGGAGGAGAUAUUCAAACAGGAGCUCAAGAAGCAUACGCCUAUGAUUCAAAUAAUCGAGGCUAACCUAGCAGCUCAAGAGAAUAUAAUAAACAAACUGACGUCAGUGUAUGCGUCGUACGGCGACUCCAGGCGGUUAUUGUCCGAUGUGCUGAGGAAACGAGAGGGACUUAUAAAUGCACUGAUAACAUCGUACGACUCGUACACGGAGCUGCUGGGCAAGUCGACGAAGGGGUUGGAGUUCUACAAGAAGUUGUCGCACAACGUGUCGGCGCUGCUGGCGCGGAUCCGGUCCACUGCGCAGGUACAGGGCGAGGAGAGGCAACAACUGCUCGCCGCGCCCACUGGGAACCCAUCUACCCCCACCCCGACGUCGAGUCCGUCAGCAGGGCGGCUCAACGAGGCGGUGUCUGCCCCCGCGGCGGGGCCCGGGCCCACCGACGCCGGCCCUGCCAUGGGACGGAAGCUCAAAGACUAUCUGCCGUAUAUGAAGAACAGGGCCGGACGUACUGUUACACCGCAAGCGCCAGUGGACCCCAUUCCCAUAGAUUCUUACUAUCCUGACAGCAUAUACCCUACUUCCGUACGACCUACACCAGUCGGCUCUGAAGCUACAGACGCAAGUCAGAUGCAAUUACCAGAUGGCGUUGUAAUGCCGCAGUUACAAGCCGUACCCAGUCCCUAUGACCGUUACCUGUACGGUUCCACAGACACCGACCCUUACGGUAUCCCUUCCAACUACCUAUUCCCAGCUAACAACAAAUUCGAGAAACCUCAAGAAGACCACAACUAUGGAUACACGGCCUACACACCGUCUCAAUUCUCCGCCAAUUCCUCCGAACAGCAAAUUUACUCGAACCCUUACUACUCCAAUUCUUACGGUCAGCACAAUACUACCGUGGUCACAGACUCGCAAAACUUCUCCAAUGUGAGUCACAAUGUUCCUAACCAAGGUUAUGAGCCCUACAUGAACCCGAUGGGUCCUAUACCCGAGUCGUCUCUAUCAGCUACGUCCGCCUACAGCUCCGGCAACCAAACCGAGAUGAUCACGAACUUCGCACAAAUGCAGGUGUCAGUGCCGAAGUCCGAACCCGACUUCGGUGCAGAUUAUACGCAGACCUUCUACAGUGUACAGUACCCUAAUGUAUCGACUCCAGGUUCCGCCGCCUACACCAAUGCGCCGCAGAACUCCAACACAAGUCUAACUCAGUCGCAGAUCAACUCUGAGUACACCGCGCUGAACUACCCUUACAGUAGCGAGUCCACGCAGUACAGCCAGCAGGUCCCGUUCACGUCGGCCGACACGGGCUACAACUACGCCACUACAUUCGCCUCCACCUCCCAGGGGUACACUUACACUAACGCAAUCACUUCGACCACUUCGAGCAUCGCCAACUCGAACCAGCUUCCGUAUUCGUACUCGUCUGAUGUAGACUCUGCCUACAAUCCAGGUUUAUCUCAAUUAGACGCCUUCGACAAACCGAUAAAGUCUCACACCACAGGCGAAGCUCUCUCCAACUCCAGCUUCCAACCUUCCUACCAGAACUACAGCUCCACCGCAACCAAUUACACAAGCCAACCUGAGCCGUAUAACCCAACCAGUACCUAUGGUUAUGUUGAUCAAACCAACCCUAAUUAUGCACAAUCCUUCCAAAACCACCCGGGUUAUAACUACAACUCUGCAACAGGCAACUAUGAGUACAGUUUUGGUUCACAAAAUUCCUUUUCUGGCUUCGAUAACACAGUGCCAGACAGUGCUAACUAUCAGCCGGCGGAGAAGGACCAGAGUUGGGGCCAACAAGCCAUUUACACUAAUGCUGGGAACAUUGGUACAUGCGAGACUGUGCAAUCUCCUACUGAUAGCUCACAGAUAGUGCCACAAAUGCCUGCAAAUCAUCAAAUUCCCUCUCAACAACAAAUGCCCGGACAGCAACAAAUGCCCGGACAGCAACAAGUGCCCGGACAGCAACAAGUGCCCAUACAGCAACAAAUACCCGGACUGCAACAAGUACCCGGACAGCAACAAGUACCCGGACAGCAACAAGUACCCGGACAACAACAAGUACCCGGACAGCAACAAGUGCCCGGACAGCAACAAGUGCCCAUACAGCAACAAAUACCCGGACUGCAACAAGUACCCGGACAGCAACAAGUACCCGGACAGCAACAAGUACCCGGACAACAACAAGUACCCGGACAGCAACAAGUACCCGGACAGCAACAACUACCUGGGCAGCAACAACUGCCUGGACAACAACCAAUUGACUCUCAGAUCUAUUACAACAGUGCUUACGGGUACCAGGCGGCUAUAACACCGUCUCAGGAGGCAUCGGAUCUCCAGGUCGCCAAUAACUACGUUCCGAAUGUAAACCAGGCUGGGUAUGUGACGUCCCAUACUAACCAAACAGGGUAUACUGCGAGUAAUACGAACCAGACUGAGUACGUAGCAAGCAAUCCGAGUCAGGUACCUUACGUACCUUCUAACUCUAGCAGCAACAGCCAGGCUGGGUACAUGACACCAAACACCAGCCAACCUGGAUACGCGACCCCUAACACCAGUCAGAUGGGAUACGUACAGCCUACACAAGACCAUCGCGUCCCGUACAAUACCAAUCAAGUGCCGACAGAGAAUCAGAGUGUGAAUGAGCAAAAGUUAGAGAGUAAUACUAAAGUAGAUAGUCAAACAGCGAGUGACGAACAGACUGUACCCGAAAAGGCAGCGGUUGAAGUUCAUAAGAAUCCGGAGGUCAAAUCAGAGUUGACGGCUUUUGACCUAUUGUCCGAUAUAGAUUUUUCCGUAGAACAAACUCCGUUAAUGCCGGAGAUCAAAGUCCCGCAGAUAUCUGAAAGCGCUAUUCGGAAGCCCGUAGCCCCUAAAAUCGAGCCUGAAAAAAAGGUCCCAGUAAAGGAGGAGGUUAUUGAGAGACCUGCAAAAAAGGACCUGUUUUCUGACCCUAGUUUGCUGAACAAUUUUACUCAGGAAGUGAAGAAUUUGCAGAAAUUGACUGAUUCCUUGACUGAUAAGUCGCCGAGUGGUUUGACUGUUUUAGACGCUAAAUGGAAGUCGUUCCAGGAUUUCCAGACCAAGCAAAACAUGACGAGGUCCAAGACCAUAGCGAUGCAGCAUAUUAACGGCAAUAUAGUGACGGAAGUAGUGCCUUUCGAUGACUCCCGCCUCACGCUCAAGUCUGAUCCCGAUGCCUUCAUCAACGCCUCUUAUUAUAAGCAACUAGCCUCAUGGUGCAUUCCACUAGUGAUAUCAAAGAACCCGACUGAGUCUGAAUACGGCGUUUUCUGGAAAGCAGUGUUAGAGAAUAAAAUUAGCUGUAUUGCUUGUUUGCUUAGUGAAAUCGAGAUGCAAGGCAAGACGUACUGGCCGACAGCUAAAGGCCAAUCCCUAGAGCUCUCCGGUCUGAAGGUGACCUUGGACGAGGUGACGUGCACCGUGCACUGGACUGAGAGGAAGCUGACGGUGGCCGGCGGCAAGACUGUGCUCAAUGUCACACACUACCAGAUCAAUGUGUGGCCUGCUAAGAUCGUAUGCUCUCCCUUAGUUCUCCUAGCAGACAAGAUCCUAAGUCAAACAUACGACAAUAAGCUGUCGAACCAGCUGUGUGGAGGCUGGCUACAGUGCGGGGCGGGGGCUGGUCGGAGCGCCGUGCUAGCACUGUUACUAAUGGUCAUGUGCCAAGUCAGGGCUGGCCAGCUGGAACUGUGUGAUAUGUUAGACGCGGGCUGCUUGAACCUCUACACACAUAGGAGCAACGUGCUUGAAGAUACCAAGUAUCUCGCUGACGCCUAUAGAACUGCUUUAUUCUACGUUCAGGGAGUUCUCUGUUCUGGUACAACAAUGUUUAACGGCGAGGCGGUUUCUCUACCAUCGGGAGCAGCAGUACUACCUCCGGUAACUCCUACUCCAACGAGCGCUUCUAACGCUAGCCAGAAAACAACUAAAUUCUCACGCGAAUCCUUCGAAGAAAUGAAACAGUCCCCUGGACUGAAAAGUGGAGAUAUGAAGGAUCCUCUUAAUUUCCUCGAUCCACUCUGGAGCUUAAAAAAGAAGUGAGGUGCUUUCCUUUGGUCGUUUCCAAACGAUUUAGUGGUUUAUGACGUCAGGAGUCAGUGAUACUCAACCUUCGGGCCUCAUUUUGGAUCUCAAGAUGUAAUGCAGUAUUGUCAAAAUGUUCGCUCGUGUUGCGGCCCUCGAUGAUGUAAGGUUGAGUACCCCUGCAGUAGAUAGAGUAUUGGACAAAAUUAUAGUACCUACUUUUAUGUGAUUCUCUUCUCAAACACGAAGUGCCGAUUGUUUUUGAAAUGUUAUUUUAGACUUAAUGCUAUUGCGUGUUUCUUAUAAAAAUAAUUUUCGUGGUGUCUAUAAGGGCGAAAUGGAAUAUUCAAAUUAUAGUAAGAUAUUUUUCUUAUAAGAUAGAUUUCAUUACAUAAAUUAAUUCCACGUUUAUUAUUAUUUAUUUUAUAUAAUUCUGUAGAUAGAGUUUUAUUGUAUUUCGCAUUUAAAUUGACAUUAGCAUAUCGCAAUCACUACGUAUGGAAUUUGUACCGACGUCGAUAACACGAAGAAAUCAAAGGAUUUUCAGUUCUUACCAAGGAUUAAAGAUAUCAACAUAUUUUAAUUAUCAGUGGUGAAUAUAUUAGAAAGAAAUUUUGUGAAAUCCCUGGUAAAAUGUACCUAUAAACUUACCUACACACAAAUUCACCGAAUUUCCGAAAGUAUUAUUUAUUUGUAUUAGAUAGGGCUUUGUAUUAUGUAUUUCUUAAAUAAAAUCUUAUUAUCUUUAUAAUUAAUUGUAUAACAUGGCUUACGUAACAAUUCGAGCUUGCUCGACUAGUUUCAAGCCACGGCCGGGGUUCAACGGCUUUAUG